AUGUCUUCUCUUCCCCAGCCGACACUGUGCAGGCUCCGGACUCACCAGUGGUGCUUCAUCCUCUUUAAUGUCCUGCUUUUCCACGUGCUGCUCUUUGGGGCAGAUUUACUGGAGGAAUAUUUCCUGCAUUCCUUUCCUCUCUCCUACACUGAUGCAAAGACUCUGGAGAUCAGGGAGAGGGCCAGGAAGCUGGACAUGGAUCCCCUAAAGGCCAACCUCUCUCACACUGUCAGCACUGCAGUGACAUGCUCGGACCAAGAGGUGUUUUUGCUCAUCCUCGUCCACAGCAGCCCAGAAAACAGGACAAGGCGCGACGCGAUCAGGCAGACGUGGGGCAACGUGACGGACAGCAGAGGUUACACCGUCCUCACUCUGUUUGCUGUAGGAAAGGCAGCUUCAGAAAGCACCCAGCUGGAGAUCAAUGAAGAGGCUCACAAGCACAGGGACAUUAUUGAAGGCUCUUUCAUCGAUUCCCCGCAGACACAGACACAGAAGAUGCUGCUGAGCGUGGAGUGGGCAGUGACUUUCUGUCCCCGGGCGAGAUUUAUCCUCAAAGCAGAUGAGGAUGUGUUUGUGGGUGUUCCAAGCCUGGCUGGGUACCUGCUGAGCUUACCACAGCUAGAGGACAUCUACCUUGGGAGGGUCGUUCAUCAGGGAGUGCCUGACAGGGACCCCCAAAGCCCUGCCUUCGUUCCCAGCCAUCAGUAUCCCGAGGAGUUUUACCCGGAUUUCUGCCACGGCAGCGCCUUCGUCAUAUCCCAGGACGUCGCCCGCAAGGUUUACGUGGCUGCCAAGGAGGUGCCACUGUCAGUGCCCCCAGAUAUUUUUGUGGGAAUCUGUGCUAAGAAAGCUGGGAUCACUCCCAUGCACAGCUCCCGCUUUUCCGGGGGGAAGCACAUCAGCUACAAUCGAUGCUGCUAUAAAUUCAUCUUCACCUCUUCCAACGUGAAGGAGGACGAGCUAUUUAAAGCCUGGGAGGAAACAAGCAGUGGGGAAGAUUGUUCCUUGCUGGAAACCUACUACAGCCUGGUGUCCUGCAGGGUUCUGACCUACAUUGACAAGUUCAAGCAGUUCAACUUGGACAGAAUAAAAAAUGAGGUUCUUCAUUUUGUCAAUUAAGGUUUAGCUUUGGCGAAGAAAGGCUGAAUUU